UAAUGUUGAAUCUACACGUUAGUAGAUAUUAUUAUAAUUAUUAUUACGGAUUUUGUUUACGCUGGAAGUGACCCUUCCGUUUUGAUCUAUUCCGUGUUGCUGCUCCAGACGUCGUGACGAACAACAACACUCAACGGCACGCGGUCAGCGGACAACAAUGGAACCGAUGCGCAACGCUACCCGAAACGUUGCGCGACAAUCGAAUACGUUGCGGUCCGGUGUUAUUGUCAUGUUAUAGCCGAUUGUACUUGCCUAUUAUUGUGCGGCCGCGGCUCGGAUGGUAAAACGCGGUAAAAUCACAACAACAACAACAACCACCACAACAACGACGACGGCGGUCAAGUCCUUUCGGUCGUCCUGCUGCAAAGUGGCGGCCCGACCGUUACUGAACGAUUGACCGGCGAAGCGGCUGACCGAAGCCAGCGGCAAAGUUGUGUUUUGUUUUUUUUAUUUUCUUUAUUUUCCGCUGCACUGUACGCGUGUGCCCCGGACGACGCCAUGCCGCUAAAGGUGUUCAAGGAACACUCCGAGUCGUUUCCCAUUGGCGACAUACCCGCCGUGGUGGACGUGUUCCGGCGGGAACUGGCCAAGCGCGAGCCGGAUCUGUUGCUGUUGUCGCUGGUGGCCGGCGCCAUCGAGAACACCAUGACCUGCGUCCGGCCGAGCAUCGAAGUGCCGGCGGUGGCCACGGUCGAGACCAGCUUCGACCUGGAGCGGACGCCGCUCAGGCUGCCCGACAUCGAGCUGCACGUCAUCCAAGCGCUGUACACCAAGUUCUACUCGGUCAUCAAAGGCAACGUCGACCCGUUGCAGUUCGACGAGCGCGACGGCUACGCUACGCGCGAGCUGGUCAAAAAGGUGUCGGACGUCAUUUGGAACACGUUGACCAGGAGCUACUACAAAGACAGAGCUCACCUGCAGACCAUGUACAGCUACUUAACAGGUUCAAAACUGGACUGUUUCGGUGUCGCGUUUGCCGUAGUCGCGGGCUGCCAAAUACUCGGCUAUAACGAUGUUCAUUUGGCGUUAUCUGAAGAUCAUGCUUGGGUUGUUUUUGGCCCUAAUGGCAAUGAUAACGCUGAAGUUACGUGGCAUGGAAAAGGCAAUGAAGAUAAACGAGGGCAGAAAAUUAAAGAAUCUGAACCGGGACACGGGUCUUGGCUUUAUGUCAAUGGCCACCCGGUAAUUUGUAAUAGACACAUGGAAGUUUCUGCACUAGUCAGUUCUAUUAACCCUAGUAUUAAUCAAGCCAAUGAUGCUUUAGAAGUUGCUACACUUCAAAAAAACCUUUUAUGGUUACUUUACGAUGAAGGUCAUUUAUCGAAAUUCCCGUUAGCUCUAGGUAAUCUAGGUGACUUGGAAGAACUCAGUGCAACACCAGGACGACCACCUUGUACAGCUUUGUUUGAAGAAGCUAUAUUAGCAGCACAAACAUAUUAUAACGAUAUGUUUGUAUAUCCAUACACUUAUCAAGGUGGCUAUUUUUACAGGCAUAACAUGAUAAAAGAUGCUUUUUCCAGUUGGGCUAAAGCCAGUCAAGUUAUAAGCAAGUACAGUUUUAGUAAAGACGACGAAGAGCUUUACAAAGAAAUGAUGGACAUUGCCUAUGAAUUAAUUCCAUAUUCAUUAAAAGAAAUGACUUGUGGUAAAAGUAGAUCAAUACUGAACAAUCCGCAAUGUUAUGCUUAUGUUCUAUCAAUUUACGAUGGUCUUUGCCUUUGGGAAGAAGACGGAAUGACGCCCGUGUUGCACAUUAAAUGGGCAAAACACUUUAUUAAUUCCAUAUCUAAAUUUGACGAUAGCGUGAGGACAAGACUUAUCAUCUUAGAACCAAAUGACUUGGAAAAUGACACAGAUUCAAAACGAAAUUACCAUGACGCCAACAUCAAUAAUAACAAUCAACCUAUGUCCAAGGACGUAGCAAACAACACUGCGGUGCUCGGUGCCGACGACGAAGUGAAAUCGGAACUUCAUCCGGGCAUUAAAGCGUUAACAGCGGCUUGUAGUGAACGAAUCUUGAAUAGAGAUUUUUUGCUGCAAGGAGGUGGAGAACCGUUUGUGGGCAAUACGGACGCAAUACUUCCGUCCGUUGUCGAUACUCCAUUACUACCGCACGCCAUCGAACCGACAUUGGUCGACGAUGAGCCUGAAACCUCGAUUGUAUUGAAAAGCAAAAAAAUGCGCGGCAUGAAGGACUUGCUAGUGGCAAAGAAGUUGAAUACGCAAGCAAUCAGCUUACAAAUGAGUGCUCAGUCGCAAGGAGGAAAACGACACGCGCCCAGAGAUGCUUCGGAACCAGUGUCUAGGAGAAGUAGAAGAAGUAUCAACUAAACAAAUGUAUACUCUAUUUAUACAUUGAACGUAAGUGCAAUUUUUUGUUUUUUUUUUUCAAAUUAUCUUUUCUGUUUUAUUUAACAUAACUCAUGGUAUGUUACUUACUUGUUAGUAAUUUAAGAUGAUUAUUAGAUAGAUCUUAAAUUAGAAUUAUAUAUAUUAUGUGACAUAGAAUCUCUUUUUCGAGAUGUUCAAUAUGUAUGGGUGAUGGUAGCUAACAUUGAUUUAGUUAACAUCUCAAUAGUAUUUAUAAAUAAUUUUUUUUUUUGAAGAAUAAGAAAAUUCUAUAUAAAAACUAUUAAUGUAUAAUUAUUUGUUUUAUCGUCUUAACACACAAUACAUAAAAUAUAGUUCCUUUAUUUUAUUUUAAAAAAUAUUAUCGACAAUGCCGUUUUAUUACUAGAAUUGGUAAUAAUAAUUAACAAGUCAGCAAUUGUUCUUAUUUAUUGUAUCUUUUGCAAUAUUUAAUUAAUUUUGCUUUAUACUAUUAUCGUAUACGAGAUUUUUGUUACUAGUAUGCAGGUUCUUUAAGUAUGAAUAUAUAUUUUUCUAAAUAAUCAACACAAAGCUUUACUGUUUAAGAUGAUAAAUAAAGAAAUGUUGGCAUUUUAAUGCUUAUAAAGAUUUGUCAGUAUAAAAUCCAUUAUAUCAUAUUGUUUUCUUCUUUUUAACAGACUGCCCGAUUAUGUGUAUUAUUUUUAAUAUAAAGGCGCUCUUAAGACUAGGCUUUAUUGCCGACAACAUCCAUACAACCAUAUAACUAAUAUAAAUUAAAUGUUUUAUUAUUACACUAUAUGAAACUUGAUAAUGAUAUUUGGUCUAUUUUCAAAAAUCAAUAAUUUGUAUUUGAGUUUGAAAAAAAAAAUAUAUAGAUGUAUAAUAUAUAUAAAAAUAUAUUAGAGUUAUAGAAACU